UGUUUGUAUUAGUGGCCUAUUGUUGUGAAGUAUGAAUAUACCGUAUAUUACAGUUACGAAUCGUUAUUAGUUACACAGUGUAUGUGAUAUCGCGCGCGCGCACAAACACGUACUAACUGAUUGCACGUGCAAUUCGUGUUUUAUUUUUUGUUUUUACUAGUGUUUUAUCGAAUAUUCUUCAGGAAUUCGAAUUCGAACAGUCAUUCAGUCAGUCUGUCUAUCGGUUUGUUUCGGAAUUAUUCUUCAAUUUUUUGUUUUCUUUUCCCAAAGAAAUCACUUCUUCCGUUGGGUUUUGUGUCAGUUGUUUCUCUCUCAACACUUCUUCUUGUAAUUUGUUUUUUUUUUUGGUCACCCGAACUGAUCCACACAUUUGUAUACAACACACGUGUGAACACAUGAUAAACGUUAGACGUUUAGGACAUUUACUGUCGCCGUCGUCGUCGUCAUCAUCAGCAGCAACAGCAGCGCUGACCGCCCGAAGUAGAGUACGGCAGCCGCUGUUGACCACAGCUACUGGACAUCAUAGACGCUGGCGAUCGUCAACCGCUUCGUUCAUUGGUCGACACCGACUACCGAUAUCGUCGUCGUCGUCGGCGACCAACGCAUGGAAAGCCAUAUCGUUGGCCGCCUGUGUCUGCUGUACUAUCGGUGGCUAUCAUUAUUAUAGUACCCGUCGGCGAUGGUUAUCAUCGUUGCGUGCGGUUCACUGUUUGCGUAUCGAUGACCGGAACGGUGGCGGUGGUGGCGGCCGACGCCAGAACACACCGAAAGAGGAGAAACUGUUCGACGCAGUCAAACGCGGUGACUCAGAACUGGUCAAACAGAUGAUUGCCGACAAAUCAUUGGAUAUCAACAACUGUCGCCAUCAGUUAGGUUGGACACCCUUGCAGUUGGCCGCUGUUAACGGUUGGACCGAUAUUUGCGAAGCACUACUGGACGCCGGCGCCGAUAUCGACGACACCGAUGAGUACUCCUCUGCCCAGAAGCUAUCCUAUCAGUACGGACUCAACUAUUUGCGUAUAGCGAUGUCACGCGAAUCGGAAUUCUCGGAUUUGUUGUCCACUCGGGUAUCGUUUCGCGGUACAACUGCCCUACACUACGCUGUAUUGGCCAACUCGAUGCCUACCAUUGAACUGCUGAUCAAACGCGGAGCCAAUCCGAUAAUCGAUAACGAAAUGGGACACAAACCUAUCGAUUACUGUAAACAAGACAACCAACGAGUUCGCCGACUAUUAGCCGAACACGAGACCAACUUUGCCGACGUCCAAAAACAGCGACAACUAGAGGAACGGCUAAAGUUUCCGCUAGAAGAACGUAUCAAACAGGUUAUUGUCGGCCAACAGUCGGCCAUUACGACAGUAGCGGCGGCCAUACGACGCAAAGAGAACGGCUGGUACGAUGACGAACAUCCACUAGUAUUCCUGUUUCUCGGUUCGUCGGGUAUCGGCAAAACCGAAUUGGCCAAACAAGUGGCCCGUUAUUUGCAUUCGGGAAAAAACGAGAAAAAAGGUUUCAUACGGCUAGAUAUGACCGAAUAUCAGGAGAAGCACGAAGUGGCCAAAUUUAUCGGUUCACCGCCCGGCUAUAUUGGCCACGACGACGGCGGACAGUUGACCAAAGCCUUGAAAGAGUGUCCCAAUGCUGUCGUACUGUUCGAUGAGGUAGAGAAGGCCCACAACGAUGUCCUAACCAUACUAUUGCAACUGUUCGAUGAGGGCCGUAUGACCGACGGUAAAGGACAUACUGUCGAAUGCAAAGAUGCCAUCUUCAUAAUGACCAGCAAUUUGGCCAGCGAUGUAAUCGGUGCCUACAGUCAACAAUUACGUAAAGUUGCCGACGAUGUAUCCAAAGCACGAUUGGAAGGCAGCGACCAAUUGUCCGAUUUGUCCGACACUAAUGUCGAUGAUGUUCAGGUAUCGAAAGAUUUCAAAGAACAAGUUAUUCGACCCAUACUGAAGAAACACUUCAAACGGGACGAGUUUUUGGGCCGAAUCAACGAAAUGGUAUACUUUUUGUCGUUUUCGCGAUCAGAACUCAACGAACUGGUCACUCGGGAACUGAUGGCCUGGGCCGAGAAGGCCAAAACCAGACACAAAAUGGAACUGACAUGGGAUAAGCGCAUCGUCGGUAUGAUUGCCGACGAAUAUAAUGUCCACUACGGCGCCCGUAGUAUCAAACACGAAGUCGAGCGGCGUAUCAUCAAUAAGAUUGCUUUCGCUCACGAGUCGCAACUGAUCAAACCGGGAGCCAAUGUACACAUCACUGUCGAUGAGGAAUGGGUGGACAAGUCGUUGGAAAACCAACUGAACAAACCCGCAAACCCAGAUCUGUUGGGCGGCGGCAUCGGCGGCGGUGAUGGCCAACAACAACAAGACCCGACAACAUCAUCCAGCGGUGGCGUUGGUGACGAACAACCGGCCACUUCGCUAGUAUUGGAGCGCAAGAUUAAGCUACAGUUGAGGGAUAAGAAUAGCCAGAAAAAUGAUGUCUACAUUGAUCUGCCAAUCAAUGAACGGCUGUCCAAACUGUCGGACAAUUUGACGCUAUAAUCGGACAGUCAGUCGGUGUGUAAGUGAGUGACUGAUCGUAUGUUUAACUCACUCAUCAAAAAAAUGUUUCAAAAAUUUAGUUUUCAUUUCUAUUAUUAAAAAUAUUAUUCUUAUUUUACUUAAAAAUUAAUUAUUAA